CAUUCUUAUUUUUGAAGUUCACGUUGAUACACAAUUUUAUUGUUUUUAUUAUGUUAUAUAAUACUUUAAUUUAUUAAUGACAUAUUGUUAAAAAAUUUUCUAAAAUAAUUAUUUAUGCAAUCUUUCAAAAUGGGUCCAAUGGAAAUUAUUAAUUAUUAUUACUACGAAUUGGCUGAUCCACGAAUAAGGGAUUGGUUUUUUAUGAAUAGCAUUUGGUAUCUAAUUAUAAUUACGUUGAUCUAUAUACUCAUGGUAUUUAAAUUGGCACCAGCUUACAUGAAAAAUCGACCAGCCUAUAAACUAAAUACAUACAUUAAAUGUUAUAAUCUGUUUCAAAUUUUUUCAAAUGCGUAUAUAGUUAUAAACAUAUCACUUUGCUAUCCAUUUCUUCGUAGUUUUGAAUGUCGUCCCAUUGUUUACAAUACAGAUCCUUGUAGUAUGAUGAUAGUAAAAUGUGCUUAUAUAGGAAUGUUUUUAAAACUUAUUGAUCUCAGUGAAACAGUAGUUUUUAUACUUCGAAAGAAAAAUAAUCAAGUUACAUUUUUACAUUUAUACCAUCAUUUAAGUACCUUUAUAAUUAGUUCAAUAUUUUCAAGAUAUAUUAGUGUAGAUGUCGUUAUGUUGGGUCCAAUUUUGAAUUGUUCUGUUCAUGUGAUAAUGUACUUUUAUUACUUUCUUAGUAAUUUUGAAGGUCCAAUUAAACAAAUGAUUAUUUCUUUCAAACGCUACAUGACUCUCAUACAAAUGGGUCAAUUUGUCAUUGUACUUGUACAAAUCUCAGUUAUCAUGAUACCAGGCUGUGAGAAGUUGCCAAAAUUUUUUGUAUAUACAAUGUUUGUGAAUGUUAUUUUCAAUUUCUGUUUAUUUUAUCGCUUUUACAAAAAGACUUACAUUAUUAGUAUAAAAAAGAAAAAUUGAAAGGUUCUAUUACUGCUAAACCCAUUUAAGAAAAUUAUUGCCACAAUGUCAUAUGUCACCAUAGACAUAUAUGUUACAGUUUUAACUAUUUUUUUAAUAAUUUAUAAUUUAACUUUAAAAAAUUGUUGCGAAACUUUAUUAAAAUCAAAUGACAUUUUUGAGUAGCCAUUAAUGCUAACAAAAAUAAAACACCAUUAUCUUGAUUCAAGAUUUUGUAAUUUUUAAAAAACAUCGUGUAAUAUAUAUACCUAUUAGUUACU